GCAGGUUGGUGACGAAGGGUGGGUCUUUUCCUGGUGGGGCGAAGGAGAGCGGUUGAGGGUCAUGGUGACGAGCGGUAGAGCCUGAGGCCGAGCCCGAGGAAAAGAGAGACCUUCCUGCUCCCCCCGGGGGAACAUGGCCGGGAGGACGAGCGCCAUUGCUGCCGGCCUGUGCGGAGCGCUCUUCAUCGGUUACUGCAUCUACUUCGACCGCAAGCGGCGGAGCGACCCCGACUUCAGGAGCAGGCUCCGGGAACGAAGGAGGAAGCAGAAACUCGCCAGAGAAAAGGCUGGGCUCUCCCGGCUUCCAGACUUGAAAGAUGCGGAAGCUGUGCAGAAGUUUUUCCUGGAAGAGAUCCAACUAGGCGAAGAGUUGUUAGCACAAGGUGACUAUGAGAAGGGGGUGGAGCACCUUACGAAUGCUAUAGCUGUGUGUGGACAACCUCAGCAGCUUCUACAGGUGUUACAGCAGACUCUGCCUCCCCCUGUCUUCCAGAUGCUCCUGACCAAACUGCCAACUAUCAGCCAGAGGAUUGUGACUGCGCAGGCUUUAGUCGAAGAUGAUGUGGAGUGAAGUGAGUUCCCUGUGAUAAUUGGCAGUGGGAGCAGUGACCCUACCUUCCUGCCCCGUCUCUCUCACUCUGUACAUUCAGCACAAAAGUGGACUCAAUUGAUUUUGGGAAGUUUAAAUUCGAGUGUUUUCCUCCUCACCACUAAAAGUUCCUGUUGUGUCACUUUAUUUAUUUCACACCAGUCUGUAUUUUAAUACUAAUUCACUGACUACCAUGUUGCAGGUGUGCUGCUGAAUGUCAUCUGUUUCUCAGUGUAACUGUCAGGGAUGUAGUCCUGUCCAGACACUGAGUAUAUUGUGGUGUGCGCUUGAAGAGUCCACUGUCUGCACACCUGGAACUUCCUUCAGACAGUUCCCCAACCCCCCGAUCCACUGCUGCUUGGUUCAAAUGAAUGAUGUUAUACUUAAGAGAUUUUUAAUAAAUUUAUUCAAUCAAAGACA